AUGACCUCUGUGGGUCGAUUUUCCAACGUCACUGGAAUCCGCGUGUCUGACAAAAUUCCAAUUUUGACGUCACUUGUCUUACCGCACGGCACACAUGACGUCACGUUGGUUGUUGGCUCUGACGUCACUACGGAUAAUGUGUUUUCUGUUUGCGACGUAGAGAACCCAUCGACCACGAUCGAUCUCGGAACGAUCACCAACAGCGGAAGUAGCGUGCUCUGGAACGCCAGCGAGGUGCGCGUCCUGCUGCACGUGGUCGUCACCAACUCCAGCGCCUUCACCGUCGGCGGCGUCUACUCCGUCAUUGGCGACGCUACCCUCGAUAACGGAGCUAUGCAGUUCUUGGCUUCACUGAAUUUUACCGCCGUUAGUCAAAAUCCGUUCUGGAGCCUGAGGCCGUCGUUACCUGCCGCCUCCGUAGCCUUGCUCCUCGCAGCGAGACGAAGUUCCUUUGGUGGUUUGGGCGACAGUUUCGCGUGCCUGGAAGGUCAUUGGAGCGAGGCGUUCUCAGACGGGUACAGUCAAAUCAUUGACAUCCCCAUCGUCAUCAACACAGGCUUCAACGAAGGGGGAAAUGCAAACAACAACUUGACCUUUAAAAUCCUGACGAGAAUUCCUACGUACGUAACGCCGGCCAAUAUGCUCAACGUUGUCGUUGACGUCUAUCUUGACGGAAACCUGCCACUGACGUCGACAACACCUCUCACAUUAAGCAUAAAUACAAUAGCCUCUCCAACAUCCGUGCCAGUUGUGGCGGUGGACGCUCUCUCCAGCGUAAGAAUGGUAGCAAAAGGUUCAGCGCUCAUUGCCGUUGUUAACGUCAGCACGCCGCCAGGUGUCGUCAUGAUCUACGACAUUCGAUUUACCACUACCACCGGAAAAGCCAGCAUAUGUGACGUUCAACUGAUGAAAAUCGGCGCUAACUUAUGCGCAGACGACAAAAUCAAUGCAACCUUUACCUCAUCUGAUAGCUCUGCUUUCAAUGACGGCGCAAAUGCUACAUACGGAGCUGCAAACAUUGACACGGCAGCGAGCUCGUUAGAUGCGGAUAAUUUUUUCAGGUAUGAGGUGGUCGUCUGCGUUCCCGUCAACUCCCCGGUUUCUGUUGGAGCCAACCUGUCGCUCCGUGUGGAGGUCAGAUAUGACGUCAACAACUCCAGCAAGAAUAUCAUCGCCACAUUGCCCUUCAAUGUUUCCAGCAGCGUGCAUCCAAUGCUGUCAACAGGAAACGCGUCCGUGUGUAACACGACCGGUACAUCCGGAUACAUUUCUCAGACAGUGGAGGUGAAUGUAACGGCAGUAUUCAUGGGGACGACUGCCGACUUUUCUAUUACAGUCUCCACCCAAGUGAAUAAUAAUACGGCGCUAGGUAAUUUCUAA